AUGGCCGAAAAGGCAGACGACGGCGCACCAAAGUUGUCUGUCAUAUUUGAAGAUUCAUGGCGAUGCCAGCAGCAGCUGCAAGAUUCUGAAAAUCCAACCAAUUCUAAAACUUACCAGGAUGCAUUGAAUGAAUGCAUUAACAAGCUAGAGACAGCUACGUUGAUGGUCAGUCAACUCAGUCUCUUCAGCUCAAAUGAAGACCUGGAUGAAAUACCAACCACAGAUAUUAGGUAUUUGCUCUUACCAGCAUUGCUAGGCAGUCUUUCCCUGCAGUUAGUGGAAGAGGACAGACUAGCUGUGGUUGAGCGUGGUAAGACGUACUACAAAGAUUUCCUUGGGAGAUGUCGACAGUACGGUGUGACCCAAGAGGAGGUACCAGACGAUACCGAGCCCGGGGUUCAGCAGCCGUCUAGAGGUCCACCUGACCUCAGAGCGAUGCAAGCCAACAGAGAGGACAAGAUACGACGAUACAAACAAUCCAAAGAGACAGAAGAGAAGUUGAAGGCACUAGGGGCGUGGUCAGAGAUCAGACAGAGACCUGAAGAUGUACAGAGAGAGUACUACAUCCUGUGCUUGAAGAAAUGGGUAAAUACAGCUAUGGAAGAAUUAGCUGGUAUCCAGCAGGAGAUUCAGAUAUUACAACACAUGGCUAGCAUGAAAGCAAGACAGAAAGAGGGAGCCAGUGCUGAGCCAGAGCCUCCAAGGGGCAAACCUAAGCAGCCAAUGAAGCCUUUCAUUCUUACCAGAGAUGCAAUACAGGCUCAGGUAUUUGGAGCUGGUUAUCCCAGUGUACCUACCAUGACGUUGGAAGAGUUCUACCAGAAGGAAAUAGCCGAGGGAAAGAUCCUACCCAACUCCAUGAAUCCAACUCCAGUCAGUGAGAGGGAAGAAGCAGAGAGGAAAGAACAGGAGAAAGAGGAGGCCAUCGAUAACGACGACCCAGAAGCACUCACCAAAGCCAGAGAGUGGGACGAUUGGAAAGACACUCACAAGAGAGGCUGUGGAAACAGAGAGAACAGGAGUUGAUGCCCACCAACAAGACAGCCAACCACCAGUAGAUGGAGAUCAACCUUGGUUAUUUAACUCCACAGAAUCCUUCUCACAGGUCGGAAGUUGUAUAAAGUUAGACACUGCUUCACGGAAAGGCAACUUCACCUUGCCUAAUAAGCAAAACCCAGGAGAAACUGUCUGGCAGACAACACACUGUGUUUUUAAAGUGUUGUGGCACUAAAAAGUUAUGUUAAACUGGACACUAUUGGUAAUUGUCAAAGACCAGUCUUCUCACUAGGUGUAUCCCAACAUAUGCAUAAAAUAACAA